CAAGCUGAUUCCCGAGCUUUCCUUCUUUGGCCAAUCACGGGGAGAGGAGGUGGAACCCGAGAUCGGGGGCGGGGCUUCCCCCGUGCAUCCAUAAGAGGCUACCUGGGACUCACCUGUAGCAGUGGAGACUUGAACCCAGCCAUGGCGGGAGCUGUCCAGCUGGGACUGCUGACCCUGCUGCUGCUGGGCGCCUCAGCCCUGGCGGAUCGCUACACCCCGGACUGGGAGAGCCUGGACUCGCGGCCGCUGCCCACCUGGUAUGACGAGGCCAAGUUCGGAGUGUUCCUGCACUGGGGCGUGUACUCGGUACCUGCCUGGGGCAGCGAGUGGUUCUGGUAUUUCUGGAAGGGCGAAAAAGACCCAGACUAUGAAGCUUAUAUGAGCCAGAACUACCCGCCUGGCUUCUCCUACGCCGACUUCGGACCCCAGUUUGGGGCUAAGUUCUACGACCCCAAAAAGUGGGCGGAAAUCUUCGAGGCUUCCGGAGCCAGGUAUGUGGUCCUGACCAGCAAGCAUCAUGAAGGCUAUACACUCUGGCCCAGCAAUACAUCUUGGAACUGGAAUUCUGUGGAUGUCGGACCCCACCGGGAUCUGGUGGGUGAAUUGGGACCUGCCCUCCGAGAGAAGAAUAUUCAUUUUGGACUGUACCACUCACUCAUGGAGUGGUUUCAUCCCUUCUAUAUAUCUGACAAGGAAAACAACUUCACAACCCAGAAUUUUGUCAAGGCCAAGGUCCUGCCAGAACUCCAUGAUCUUGUGAACAGGUACAAGCCUGACCUGAUCUGGUCUGAUGGAGAAUGGGAAGCCCCUGACACUUACUGGAAUGCCACUGAGUUCCUGGCCUGGCUGUACAAUGACAGCCCUGUUAAGGAUAAAAUUGUGGUUAAUGAUCGAUGGGGUAUGGGCAAUCCUUGUAAUCAUGGGGGCUACCUUACCUGUUAUGAUAAGUACAAGCCAGAUACUCUCCCAAAACGCAAGUGGGAGAUGUGCACCACCCUUGACAAACACUCCUGGGGAUAUCGGCGAACAAUGGAGAGCAAAGACGUUAUGACUGAUGUAGAAAUCAUUUCGGAACUAAUUCAAGUUGUGGCCUUUGGAGGCAAUUAUCUGCUCAAUAUUGGGCCAACAAAAGAUGGAAUCAUUUCCCCCAUCUUUGAAGAAAAGCUCCGUUCUGUGGGGAGCUGGCUGAAAACUAAUGGGGAGGGGAUUUAUGCUUCUAGGCCAUGGAGGGCGCAAAUGGAGAACAUCAGCACCACUGAGAACAUCAAUGCCACUGUCUGGUACACCACAAAGGAAUCUGCUGUAUAUGCCUUUUUCAAGACAUGGCCAGAAGAUGGAGACCUACAUUUGACCUCUCCUGUGCCAACAGAAAACACAAAGGUGACAAUGUUGGGAGUCCCAGAUUUGUUGGAGUGGUCAGGGGACUCUGUUUAUGGUCUCAUUAUUACCCUGCCUACAUUCUCUCCAACUAUUGCAAACAGGAAAAUCUGGACCCUUAAACUCCAGGAAGUGUACUGAGUCCUUGUGUCCCAAGGGCACAACACCAAUGUCUGUGACUCUGCCAUUUUGGUUUUUGCUUCAAAGACAGGAACACUGCAGUCAACUGACUCUAUCUUUACUUAACUCAAAGAGGAAUUUUCUAGUUCCCCCUGGAACAAACCUAGAGGGAUUCCUGUUGCCGUGGGGUGGUGAGGAGAAUAGGAAAGGAGGAUUUACUUUUGUUUACAUUCUAAUCUGAAAAGCCCUGAAAGGCAUCAUAUCACUUGCUGUUCAAUUCCCUUUCAAAAUGUGCAAUUAAAGAAUAAGUGGGUGCAGUGGAUAAAGCACCAGCCCUGGAUUCAGGAGGACUUGAGUUCAAAUUUGACCUCAGACACUUGACACUUACCAGCUGUGUGACCCUGCGCAAAAAAUAAAAAAAGAACAAGUGAUCGAAUUUCUUGUUUCUACCCUGUGCCUCUUUGUAUGUGAA